GAAUGAUACGCUGUCUCUAUAUAUAGCCAGCAUCCUCUAGUGUCCGUUCCGUAUAUCAACCACAACUCCUCUCCAUCAUAGCCCUCAUUCUCAACUACUGCACCAAAAUGGCCCCUAUCCAAUUCGGCAUCCUCGCCUUCGCCUACCAAGUACUCGACGCCGUCGGCCCAACCGAUCUCCUGUUCUCCGCUAACAAGAGCACCAUGGAAACGCUCGGGCAAUACGGCCCCAUCGACGAAGACCUCAUCUCCCGAGCACCAGAGUUCGCGUUCCAUCAUAUUGGCGUGACCAGAGACGCCGUUAACCUCGGUACUAGCCAGAUGACGAUUAUCCCUACAACAAUUGUGGAUGAGUGUCCAGAGCUGGAUAUCUUGCUUGUCGCAGGGCCGUAUCUGGGUAACUUUGAGCUACACCCCAAGCACGCUGAUCUGAUCCAAAGACACGUCGCUGCCGGAAAGAUCCUCUUUACAAACUGCACGGGCGCCAGCCUCGUCGCAUCCACCGGUGUGCUAGACGGGAAGAAGGCCACAGUCAAUAAUGUGGAAUACGAGUGGGUGAGGAAGCGCUGGCCAAAAGUCAACUGGACACGAGAGAAGAAGUGGAUCAUCGACGGCAACAUUUGGACAGGCUCCGGAGCGAUCGCUGGGACAGACAUGGUUGCCCACUGGAUUAAGGAGAACUAUGGUCUGGAUGUUCUCAUCCAGGCUGCUGUCACUUUAGACUAUGAGCCACGGGAUAGUGAUGGAUUGUUCAAUGUGUUUCCGCGGAGGUUUGCUUCAAAUGGAGAAAAGGUCUCUACUCAUGUGUUUAGGCAUCAUGCGGAAUAAUGAAUAAUUUAUAGAUAGACCCGGAUGAUAAAACUCAUUAGAAGGGAGCAUAGGGAUAAACAAAUACGAAUCUAUUUAGCU